GACCAUCUUAAAAUCUGAAAAGCAGCCGACCUUCCUGCGAUCGCGAAGUACGUCAGAAGAUCGUGUAUAAUGUGAGGGGGUUAUUAAGACUGUUUAAGGCCGUUUAAAAAAAUUAGAUGCGAUGGUGAUUUUGCAUUAAAGCCAAUAAGUCGGUCAAGAGCUCUUAACUAAGAAAAGGUGUAUUUGAGGACGUGUCCCGGAACCCGUAGUACGAUCUGAGUCAUCUGACCCUAAUUACUUUUGACGACGUGGUCCCACUGGUAUUGCCGAAAUGCGCAGUGACCCUCACAAAAGUCCUUGACCCCUGCUAUACCUGCGUCCUGUCGCGAGUGGAUCCUUUCUACCCCGCUCUUUUGCACGUACACGGAUGGGAACAUAAGAGAAAGAACGUGACAUCAAUGUCAGAGAUGACCCAGGAAAUAGUGGACGAAAACAUACACAGUGAGGUUGAGCGACUAGUGCAGCUGUACGAUCUACUGCCACAUCCGGAGGGAGGCUGGUUUAAAGAGACUUUCAAGUCAACGGUUCAUUGUCAGAAUGAACACCUUCACGGGAACAAAGAUUCCAGGGUUGCCACAGUUUGUUACUACCUCCUACCAAAGAAUGGUAUGUCCCACUGGCACCGGCUGGCCUCAGACGAGAUCUGGCUGUACCACGACGGCGGGUGCCUCAAGGUUCAUAUGAUUGACGAGAAAGGUGUGUACUCCUCGGCUGUCCUCGGUAGCAGCCUGGAGCACCCUGAGGCCCGGUACGGGGUCCUGGUGCCCGCCGAGGUGUGGCUGGCAGCGGAACCCACAAACGGAGGAAACUUCUCUUUUAUCAGCUGUAUGGUGGCACCGGGUAAGCACGGCAUGAACAGAAGCUUAAACGACUGUUGUGUUGUUGCAAUAUAUACACGUUUUUCUUCGUUAUCGUGUACCGCUGUCAGAAACUCACAGGACCCUCGACCACUUCCCAACCAAAAUAAGGUCGGUGGUGAAUUGGGAGCAGGCGGCCCAGGUUUGGGUCACGCCUAUGUAGCAACCAUUUCACAACUAGCAAAGGACAGCAUAUCAUGAACUAACUAACUACUCACAACCGAAUGAGCGAACCUGAGAGAGGAUUCUUCUUGUUUCACAGGUUUUGAAUGGAAGGGUUUUGAGAUGGGCAGGGAAGAGGACCUAGUGAAGUCAUUUCCGCAUCUGGCUGAUAUCAUCAGACCAUACUGUCAGUCGUAGAGGACAUUUAUGUUCCCCAUAAG